GUAAUAGCUAAUGGAAAUAAUGACUGUAAAUGGAAACAAAUAAUACGUUGAAAAUAAUUAAAAUAAAAAAAAUAUGAUACGAUUUAUAAUAAUAAAUAAUAGAUCAAGGCAAUUAAAAAAACAUAGGAACUAACAAUGACAAAAAGAAAAAAAAGUACAAAAUGAUAAAAUAUUACUAAUUAAGUUAUCAAAAAGGAUGGUUUUUUCAGUCAUUCGCCAACAGUAACUAGUCUUUCUGUUGGCGAAUAGCUGAAAGAAUUAUUGAAAUGAAAAUAGUAUAAUGUACAUAUUGUAUUGCAGCUACGAAACUGGCAAUGGUAUCAAACGAGAAGAGACCUCUUAUGAGAAGGUAAUACCUAAGACACGUUCCGCAGGCAGUGAAGAGGGUGAGGAAAAUGAUGAUAGCAACGAAAUCCACGUCCAGGAAGGGUCGUACUCCUACGUCGCACCUGACGGCACUGUCAUUUCUGUCAAGUACAUCGCUGACGAAAAUGGUUUCCGCCCUGUUGGUGAUCACCUUCCAAGAGCUCCUGGUUUAGUACCACAAACAAGUACUGGUGAAAAAUCUGGACGGGCUCUUAAAUCUGACCUAAAGAAAGCCGAGUCUAAAAACGCUGUAUCUGCUUUGUCCAAAUCAGAACCAGAAGAAUCCCCUAAAGAAGUAGCGGUUGUAGCUGAAAAGGAUUCGAGUCCACUUGCAUCUGAAACAUCGGCAAUCUCCUCUGAAAAGUCCUCGUCAGAAGUUUCUUCAAACUCGGCUGCAGUCAAAAAUGAACCCACCACGUUACCGGCAGCAGAAGAAUCAAAAGCGAAAUCAGACAGCACUUCAGCUGUAGGCGCGGCAUCUGUUACCGAAGCUGCAGCAACUGCAGCAGCUCCUGAAGCACCCGUUUCCACAACAGAAGCUGCCACAGAAACUUUGAAUACAAAAGAAGCAUCGUCUGCAGAAGCAGUCUCAUCAGCAGAGUCAUCAACAACGCAAGCAGCAUCUAGCUCAGAAGUAGCUUCGACAGCAGGUGGAUCGAGCCCAAAAUCCGAAUCAGAAGAACAACCCAUAUCCGAAUCUGCUACAGCUGCAGUACCUCUAUCAAGUGAUAUCUCAACAGAAAAAAAUAAUCCCUCUACUACUUCUUCAUAGAUCUAGAAAUAGGUUAAAGGUUCCAUGGGCAAUUUUACUUCACCUGAAAAAUUGUGAGUAAAUAAUUACUUUUGUAUAAAAACGACGUAGCUCUAUAAAAUAUAAUAUAAUGCGAUACGGGUAAAACGGAAUAAUUAUUUUAUAGGUAUCCUAUAAUAAAAUGUGAUAUCAUCCUAUUUAAUUAGAAAUUGUAAAUUGAUGUUUUUGUACUUAAUAAAUAAAUCUG